CAACGUUUCUGGGAAAGUUACGACAUAUUCAUAAGAACAGAAGCGAGGCCCGUACGGUGACGUUCCUUGCCUUGUUUUCACACGUUUGCAGCGCUACAUUCCUGCUAUGCAGAUUCGUGACACAUGCACUAUUUUUCACUGUGCAAGUGACAAAAAACGAAACUUGUGACGGAACGUCUAAACGAAAGUGAAAACUGCAUCGUUUUGGUCGAUAACAUUUCGGAACUAGACUUAAAAUGGCUCAUGCAACAAACGCCGAAGAACCGAGAGACCAUUUUCCUACAACUGGAAAUAAAUAUUUCAUCCUUUCACCUGGGAUAUUUAAGCCUAAAGAGGACAUCAUAAGAAAAGCCUUUGGACACAUAUCAGGUCAACUGGUGCAUACCGUGGAGGAGUGCAACGUCAUUUUGGUUUUAUGUGUUAUCGCUUCAAGGGCAGGAACUGACAUCGAUGCUGCACUGAAUGAACUUAACUCUCAUUCAAAAUCUAAACCAGCUGUUUUCGUGGUGCUUCAUCACACAUUUGACCCGGAGAAGAUUGUGCCAGACAGCAGCAGUUAUGUGAGCAGAGAGAAUACUCUCACAGUGGACUGUCUGUUCCACGAGGACAAAGGACUCCUGAAGUGCGUGAGGAAUGAAGACGCUCAGGCCAGAAUCUGCCAAUGGCUGCAACCACAAGUGGAGCAGACCUGGUGGAUCUCAACACAAAACUACAUAAUGUGGGCUUUAGGCCAUCUUAGUUGCUUCAAAUUAUGGCAAGUGGACACAGAGAUCUCUAAAGUAUCCUUUGAACCAGAACUUAUGCUUGUCCUGCUGGGGAUGUCUGUGCGUGAAAAGACUGCGGUUGAACGCUUGAUACUCGGCAGACAGGAGAGUCGGUGCGAUCCAGCUCCAGCUCCCCUGAAGAAGAUGACAGUAGAUACUGAAGAGGUGGACGGGGAACAGGUGGCUGUGAUCAACACUCACGACUGGUUCAACUCCUGGAUUUCCAUAGAGGAAAUGAAACAAAAAAUACAAUUCUGUAUCCGUCUGUCUUCUCACAGACCUUACGCAUUACUGCUAGUUAUACCAGCAACAACGUCUUUUGAAGAGCAGAUAAAGACAUAUGAUAUCGUUUUUGAGAAGAGCUGGGAGAAGGUCAUUAUCAUUUUCACUGAUAGCGAUGAAGACCAAAAGCAAGACCACAACCUCCAGACAAAAUUUAAGUUUCAUUUUCUUAAUAUUAAUGAGACUGAGAACAGAUCUCAGGUUUCAGAGUUGCUGAAGAAAGUAAAGAAGACAGUGCCAGGAAAUGAAGAGCAAACUAGUUUCUGUACACUGUCCUAAAAUCAGAAUCAGGUUGAGAGGAGAAGAUAGGAUAUUAAUACAUUAGAUUACAACUGCAAAAUCCACAACAUGUAAUUUAUAUUACUAAAGAUGUGAUCAGAAAUUAUGAGGUGCUUAAUAAACAACAAAAGACAUCAGAAGAUAAGUCCUCAAAAUGAUAGAUGAUAGUCAAGUUUAUUAGUAUCACACUUUAAUCAAGAAAUAUUAUUCUAAAGCAGCUUCAUCGUGAAAGAUUAUGUGUAUCUUUAGUCAGAUGCAAACAACUGUAGCCAACUACAUUUCACUAUCAUGGGAUCUUAUUGGGUCAUCAGAGGUUACAUCAACAUUGGUUCUCCAUUGUAUUGUUUGCGGCACAUUUGUUAACACGCAUAAAGCCCGCUCUCACAGACAGAACUCGAGAAGAAGCUAUGGAAAACCUUGAGAGAAGCUAGAAUUCUUACAUGGGUUAAGAUUGUUAGGGAUAACAUCGCUACUGAAGAACUGCUUCACUGUUACCUUCAAUACAUUCUUCCCCCCACAAGAACUUUGAUCAGGCUUACUCAUUUUCUGUAUUAGAAAAAUCUAGUACAAUGGUGAGCCAAACUACUGCUCAGCCAGUUACAGCAAAAUCUAACAAUACAAAAUCAUUUUGUUAGUGUUUACGAUACAUUAAUAUCUUGCCUUCAUGCCUUAAAGCUGUGUGUAAAUGGCUUUGUGCGGUUUAUAAUCAUUUGUUGCAGUGACAAUGCUUAUCAUUAUUUGGUGAUGUUUGUCACUGCUAUGCUAAGCACUUUAACUGAGGAGCUAUGGCAUCUCAGAUACUUUGAUCUCCUGAGAAACAGACAAUGCAAACACACAGGCAUCUUCAAGAAACCCCACAGAGUGACUGUGCAGGAAACUACCUUCCCUUCUGUCCUUUAGUUUUUUUCUAAACCCCUCCACCCAUUUACCCUUCUACUCAGUUUACUCAAAAUGAUGACAUAAAAAUACCAAUGUCCUAAUUGUCUGGCCUAAAUAUACUAAUGAGACAACACCCCCACCCCGAGUCUCUGGGCCAUCGAUUAUAGACGCCCGAUCGAACUGACACUAUAAUAUCUCCUACCCCUUUUCAUUCUCUUUUUGCUUAUCGCUAAUAUUCUGAACGAUAAACUGUUAGUUACGUAUUCAGUUGUGGCGUGGUCUCUGCUCCUGAAAUGAAAUCAGUAAGUCUUAUAUUAAAACAUGUUACAGCCUGCAGAUUUUCACUGUAAGUUUCAGUAUUUAGCUCAUGCUUAUUGUGUGAAAUUGUAAUUCAUCUUGGAAAAAAAUAACUCUUAACGGUUUGUGAUCUGUAUUAAAAAUGUGUGUGUUUGUGUGUGUGUGUGUGUUCUAUGUUUGUGCGUGUGCCAGAAUAUAUAUUCUAUAUAUAUAUAUAUUCAAAAUAUAACUUCCUGUUAAGCAGCUGAUAAUAAAGACUUAGUUCCCA